AUGGCGCCCGCGGCAGCAUCCGCAUCGGCAUCGGCAUCGCUCGCCGCCACCGCCACCGCCCCGCACCACGCCCUCGCGCCCCCGCGCGCCUCCGUCUCGGUCGCCGCCGCCGGGAGGAACAGCGGCCUGUCCGUGUCGGUCGGCGUGCGCUCCGUUCCGGGGAUUUCUGUGGUUAAUUCGCAGCGGAGGAGGAUGGUCGCGGCGGCGGCGGCGACCGAGAUGGCGCCCGCGGCGAGGGGCGAGGGCGGGGGCAAGCCGUUCGUGGACGAGAUGAGGGCCGUCGCCAUGCGGCUGCACACCAAGGACCAGGCCAGGGAGGGGGAGAAGGAGCCCCAGGCGCCCCCCGUCGCCAGGUGGGAGCCCACCGUCGAGGGCUACCUGCGCUUCCUCGUCGACAGCAAGCUCGUCUUCCAGACGCUCGAGGACAUCGUCGACCGCGCCGCCGUCCCCUGGUGUGAUGCGGAGUUUAGGAAUACUGGGUUGGAGAGAUCCGAGCCACUGAAGAAAGAUCUGGAAUGGUUCACGGAACAGGGUCACACCAUUCCAGAACCAACUGCUGCUGGUACUGCAUAUGCUUCCUAUCUGGAAGAGUUGUCUGAGAAGGAUCCCCAAGCAUUUAUCUGCCACUUCUAUAAUGUGUACUUUGCUCAUACUGCUGGAGGCCGAAUGAUUGGCAAAAAGGUUGCCGAGAAGAUUCUGGACAAGAAAGAGCUGGAGUUCUACAAGUGGGAAGGUACCCUGUCCCAGCUGCUGCAGAAUGUCCGCAUCACACUAAACCAAGUUGCUUCUAGCUGGUCUCGGGAAGAGAAGGACCACUGCCUGGAGGAGACCGAGAAGUCGUUCGCCUACUCAGGAGAUCUCCUACGCCAGAUAUUCACCUGA